CAAUGACGCGGCUUCCUGUUGAUGUCACUGUGAACCGGAAAAACAAUGUUGAUGUGAACGUGACGCAAAGGUCAAGCGCUCUCUCUCUCAGCCAUCUUGGACCCCGAGCUCAAACCUACUAAUAAUGCCAGGUGAAGCCACAGAAACUGUCCCAGUGACAGAGCAGGAGAUGCAGCAGCCCCAAGCGGAGACGGGGUCUGGUACUGAAUCAGACAGUGAUGAAUCUGUUCCUGACCUGGAGGAGCAGGAUUCUGCACAGACACAGACGCAGCAGGCACAGCUCGCAGCUGCUGCCGAAAUUGAUGAGGAGCCUGUCAGUAAAGCCAAACAAAGCAGAAGCGAGAAGAAAGCAAGAAAGGCAAUGUCCAAACUGGGUCUCAGACAAGUGACAGGCGUUACCAGGGUAACCAUUCGCAAGUCUAAGAACAUCCUGUUUGUUAUCACCAAACCAGACGUCUACAAAAGCCCUGCUUCAGACACCUACAUUGUCUUCGGUGAGGCUAAGAUCGAGGACUUGUCUCAGCAAGCUCAGCUGGCUGCUGCAGAGAAGUUUAAGGUCCAGGGAGAAGCAGCAUCAAACAUCCAAGAAAGCACGCAGACGCCUACAGUACACGAGGAAAGCGAAGAAGAAGAGGUUGAUGAGACCGGAGUAGAGGUUAAGGACAUCGAGCUGGUCAUGUCUCAAGCCAACGUAUCACGGGCAAAGGCUGUUCGCGCACUGAAGAAUAACAACAACGACAUUGUCAAUGCCAUUAUGGAAUUGACGAUGUAAAGUGGAUAUCAGAGCAGGGCAGAAUGAGAUGUUGCUGAAUUAAUCUACACUAUUUGUACAAUUUAUACCCAAGAGAAAUAAAGUUGUGGCUUGAUGGC